AUGAGCACGGACAACCCCCCGCUCAAGUUCCUGCCCGAGGAGGAGAAGGAGGGCGCGCACGACUCGUCGUACGAGGACGAGACGGGAGGGCUGGAGGGCCUGCGCCAGCCGCCCGAGGACAGGGACACGCUGCCCAACACGGAGACGCUGCUGUUCCGCGACGGCCGGCGCCGCAUCGACAUGGUGCUGGUGUACGAGGAGGAGGACUUCGGCGUCAUGACGGAGAUGGAGAUGCUGCGCAGGGAGCGGCGCAAGAUGUUCCUGGAGAACCUGGAGGCGGAGGGGCUGGAGCUGGAGCUGGAGGACAAGUCGAUGUCGUAUGAUGGUAAGACGUUUUUCGUGAAGGUUCACGUGCCUUGGAAAGCUUUGACUCGAUACGCUGAAGUGAUGAACUUGAAGCUUCCUACAAAGGUGGGCGUGCGGAGGCUGCUCAACGACCGCACCUUCCUGGGCGCCUUCCCGCUGCACGAGGGCCGCUACGACGCGGACUCCAACAGCGGCUACGUCUUCGACCGGCGCCUAUUAUACUUGGAAUGGGGCCAGUUAUCAUGUUGGUACAAAAAGCAGCCACUUUGGCUUGUUAAGAAGUAUUUUGGAGACAAAAUCGGACUCUAUUUUGCUUGGCUGGGCUUUUACACCAAAAUGUUGAUUCCUGCUGCAAUAGUUGGUGUAUUAUGCUUUUUCUACGGCCUCUGCACUAUCGACACAGAUGCUAAUAUGCCA